GACGUUCACGUCUCCCAGCCCGGAGCCAGACCCUGUGCUGUCUGCACCGGUGUGUGGGGACGCAUCUGUGCCCAACUGAGCUCUUCCCUGGGCUUGAGCUUAGCGGGGGUCCGGCCCGGGCCGGGGAGCUGGGCACUCGGACUUCCUUCCUCCAGCUGCCCUUUGCCCCCAGCCCGAGGGUCCACUGGGACGGUGUCCCCUGUGUGUCAGGUGUCACAGAGCGGGUCUACAUGUGAAAAUAAACACCCCCAAACCAGGUGGCUGUAGGCUUCGGCCCCGCCAGUUGUCACAGCGGAAAUGUCUGAAAAGGAGAAUAAUUUCCCGCCGCUGCCCAAGUUCAUCCCCCUGAAGCCCUGCUUCUACCAGAACUUCUCCGACGAGAUACCCAUCGAGCACCAGCUCCUGGUGAAGAAGAUCUACCAGCUCUGGCUGUUCUACUGUGCCACCUUGGGGGUCAACCUCAUCGCCUGCCUGGCCUGGUGGAUCGGUGGUGGCUCGGGAGCCAACUUCGGCCUGGCCCUGGUCUGGCUACUGCUCUUCUCCCCCUGCGGCUACGUGUGCUGGUUCCGGCCUGCGUACAAGGCCUUUCGGGCCGACAGCUCCUUCAACUUCAUGGCGUUCUUCUUCAUCUUCGGAGCCCAGUUCGUCCUGACCGUUAUCCAGGCGAUCGGCCUCUCAGGAUGGGGCGCGUGUGGUUGGCUGGCGGCAGUCGGGUUCUUCCAGACCAACGUUGGGGCCGCCGUGGUCAUGCUGCUUCCGGCCAUCAUGUUCUCCAUGUCAGCUGCCAUGAUGGCCAUCGCAAUCAUAAAGGUGCACAGGAUCUACCGGGGGGCCGGUGGAAGUUUCCAGAAGGCACAGACAGAGUGGAAUGCGGGCACCUGGCGGAACCCGCCGUCUCGGGAGGCUCAGUACAACAACUUCUCGGGGAAUAGUCUGCCCGAGUACCCCACCGUGCCCAGCUACCCGGCUGCUGGCAGCCAGUGGCCUUAGAGGGGCCGACCAGCCCUGCUGCCCGCCCCCGCCGCCCACCUCCCCUGCCCCCGGCCAGAGCGUGGGGCCCACUCGUGUUCAUCUCACCUUCAGGCGUGGAGGUCCAGCCUCUGCUGCCCAGCAGGAGGACGCCUCCCUGGCUGCGAGUCCUGUCUGGUUACCGAAACGCCCACGCCCCCUCCUGUCGAGGUCUCAGAGGGCCGACCACAGGCCUCCCCACGGACAAGGCAGUAGCAGGCCGCCCACCCGCCCUUCCUGCAGAGCUGACGGCCCCGUGUCCGCCCGCUCGCCCUCUGCCUUCUCACCUCGUUCCUGACGGGCUUGGCAUGUGGCCGAGUCGCCCAUGUCCUCGUCCUUCUAAGUCUCUGUUCACCUGUAGCCAGAGGGCUCUUGUGGACCAGCCUCCGGGGUCGUCCAGAGGCUCGUUAGCUGGGCUUCCCUGUCCGCCUGCCCCACGCGCUCCGUGCUGGGGCCAUUGGCCAGCCUGGCUCCAGCCUUCCUGCCCGCAGUGGCUCUCCUCCUGGGGACUUGCAGUAGAUCUCUGUCGAGAUCCGAAACCGGGGGCAGAAUCCUUCUGGGGGAGGAUGGGGGGCCGCUGGCCCCUCCCCUCCGUGUACAAGCCGAGGAAAGCAACGGCACCUGGCAGAGGGCGGGUGGCCCGCACGCACGCUCACCGCCUGCCCCCGGCUGCUCGGAGCCUGUGGCCUCACAGCCCUGUGCUCGAGCUGCAGGAAGCGGGGGAUGGAGUUUCUCAGGAGAAGGGCUUUUCGGAAGGAAGGAAGACAGGACAGACCUGUGC